AAUUUCUCGAACUAAGGUUUCCAAAAGUACUACUGCCAAAUUAAGAACUAUAGAACAACAAUUAAUAUUAAUUACCAGAUUGAAGUACUGCGUUGCUACUUGCAAUGGCCGAAUCGAAGCCUGAUGUUUCCAAGGUGGAGUUGCCUUCCAAGAAAGGUGUGAUCAGAUCAAUAGAAGUUGGUGAAACAAGCCAAGGCUGCGACCAACUUGUCAUUUCCGUUGAUCAGGAGGCAAAGAUGCAGAGCGGUUUAGGCAGAGAGGAAAGGUUUAAAAUGUUUGAGGAGGAGGAGAAUGAAGUCCGAGUAUCCAAAACACCAAAAAUACAGAAGGUUAUAUUCUUGCUCCGAGAUCACAAAGAUUUCGUCAAGUACUAUGAGCCAAGAGUGGUAUCAUUGGGUCCUAUCCAUCAUGGAAAGGAAAAGUACCACCUUGCUGAGAGGUUCAAGCGUAAUCUGGCAAAAAAAUUUGUCAAAAGUAGCGGCAAGACUAUUAAAGACUUAUUCAAUGAGAUUGAGAAUAAUAUUAAGGAGCUCAGGGAGUGCUUCGAGGAGGAGGCGACGAAGAAAUAUAAUGAUGUUGACCUUGCCUGGAUAUUGGUCGUCGACGGCUGCGCAAUCUUGCAAUACAUAUACGUUGCUGAUAAAAAAAAAUUCAAAGAGUUGAAUAUAAAACAAGACAGUGUGGCCUUCUGUCAACAGGAUUUGUUCUUGCUGGAGAACCAAGUUCCCUAUCGUCUCCUCGAGUUGUUGAUGAGCUCGAGCGGCCAAUAUGGAAACGAGUUGAGGUAUUCGGUUAAAGAAUUCAUUAGAAGAAACCACGAGAUGGUACUAAGGGAUAAGCAACAAGGAGAAAAUACUAAUGGUCCAGCACCAGCGAAUCCGCAACAAGAAAACGGAAAAAGAACACCGACCGCCCAUCUUCUCGACCUUCUGAGGUCAAGUCUCUUGGGCCUGGAAAGUGGAAGCGAGAACGCAACGAAAAAUGGAGAAAUUAGGGAAGCCAAGAACAACGUCUCAGAUUGGCAAUCGUAUCGCAACGUGCAGGAACUAAAAGCAGCUGGAAUCCAUGUGAAGCGAAGCAAAGCUAAAUCCUUGGGAGGCAUAUCUUUUAGUAGAAGACUCAACUUCUACCCGGGAUUCCUUUGGCUUCCUCCACUAAUAGUGGAUGACUCAACGGGUCCAAAGCUCUUGAACUUAAUAGCCUACGAAAUGUGUCUGGACUUCGAAAAUGACUUCGGCAUCACCUCUUACGUAUCCUUCCUCGAUUCACUCAUCGAUGAAGCCAACGACGUCAAGGAACUAAGGAAAGCACACGUUCUCUUCAAUCUCCUUGGCAGCGACGAAGAAGUGGCUAAGCUCUUCAAUGAGAUAGGCACCGACUUGGUGCCUGACCUCGACAAGUAUACGAAUGUCAAGACUCAGAUUCAGGAAUACUACGAAAAAACUUGGGUGCCAUGGGUUGCCGAAUUCUUCCACAAUCAUUUCAGCAGCCCCUGGACGCUGCUUGCUUUUCUUGGUGCAUUAUUCGCGCUUGCUCUGAGUGCCACCCAGACUUGGUAUGCAGUGGAUUCUCCCUCCGGCCCCUGCGAUAAGUUCUGCGAUAAAUUCAAUAAAAACUUAUGAAAGGAAUGAUCGAUCGAAGGUACUGAUAAUUAAUUUGUUCGUGGUUUUGCAUCUAUCAUCAUCUUAUCUAAAGGAAAUGACUUCUUUGCCUCGGGCGGUUGUUUCCGAUUAAUAAGACAACCAUAGUAGUUCUGCACUUGUCUGUCAUGAUUUCACAUAAGAUCGUUCCUUGAAAGACCAUGUUAUUGUAUUGAUCUGUUUGUUUUGGUUUUGAUGUAAUGUGUUUGAGAUGAAAUAAUUAUGAUUCUGAUA